AUGGGUCGCACAAAGAAGCUUACCGACCCGGGAGGCACCCCGAGGCCCGCGGGUCCCGGAGGGGACCACACAAUAAGGUCCUAUCUGCAUCCCACUACCCGCGCACAAUCCCCACAGCCGGAAAUGGAGGCCGCAAACCAAGCGCCGGACUCCAUUCCAUCCACUCCGGCCAGGCACUCACCUGCCUUAUCCUAUGCAUCCGAACCUCAGAUGCUGCAGGAGGAUGGAUGGAGGGAUAUACUGCCCAACCUCCUAACGAAGACUGACUUCGAGGCCCUCUCAGAUCGCCUAGGCCGGGUGGUACGUGAAGAAGUGGCCCAACUCCGUGCUGAUAUGGUAAACAUGGAGGCCCGUAUGUCCGUGGCAGAGGCAGAGACAAAAGCCCUCCGGACAGACCUGGAGCACACCAACACGGCAGUCACAGGCCAGGAAGCAGACAUGGCAUACCUCACCACGUGGAUAGAUGACCUGGACAACCGCGGCCGCAGACUGAACCUACGCGUCCGCGGGGUGAGGGAAGGAGGCCCGUCGGAGAAUAUUCCAGACACGCUGCGGCAAAUAUUCACGCAGGUACUGGGGGGUCAGCACAUACCCAGACUAGGCCUAGUAAGGGCACACAGAGCUCUGAGACCCCUGCCAGCCCCAGAAGACCAGCCCAGGGACAUCAUAUGCUGCCUAGAUAACUACCAGCUAAAGGAGGAAAUAUUGCGCACGGCCCGCCGUAUGGGAACCGUCCGCCUGGAGGGGCAAAAUAUAUCCAUCUACAACAAGCAGGUAUCCCGUACCGCUGGGGCUACCCAUUUUCCCUGACAGCUAGACAGGGCCCGGACCAAAUAACGCUGAGGAAAUCAGAAGAAGUCCCAAGCUUUCUACGCACCCUAGGCCUCCCGCCAAUACAAGUACCCGACUGGCUAACAAGGUCGUUCCUCCAGCAACCACCAGGACCGCAGCAACCACGCAGACAGGAUCUGAACCCCCAAGGGCCCCAGCACCAGCGCCGCCGUGACUGGAAUCAAGGCCAGGCAAGGCGUGAGCGAUAA